AUGCGAAUAAUCGCUGUUCUCGUCAGUAUUACUGUACUACUGAUUUGUCCAGUAGAUAGUAGAAAAUGUUAUUUAUGUGGUUGCAUCUUUAAUUGGGACACUAAUAGUACUACUUGUUCAUCGGUGGAGUUCUUAUCAAGUUGUAUUUUAACAGAAGUUGGUGAUAAAGUGUGUUUUAUCACAAGUUCGUAUAAUGGUAAUGUUGAACAACGCGUAUUUGAAGCCAUAGCUGCAAAUAUUUUCCAAGAUACACACUUUAUUCAAGCUGUUGAAAUGAUGUCCCUCUCGGGUACGGAAUGGGCUCAGCCGAGUUUUAGUUCUAUGAGUUAUGGUUGUGAUUGGGAUGGUUGUAAUAAUAUUUCACUAGCAGAAUAUUUACCAGAAUCAUUUCAAAUAACAAUAAAUCAAUCGAUACUAAGUUCAGAACUGUUAAACGGACAAUUGCCAGCUCAACAUUGCUACUCAUGCAGUGCAUGUAUUAAUGAGUUGACUGCGGUUUUAUGCAAACAAGACCCAUGCACCAAUGGUAUAUGUUACAUUGAUCAAAUUCAUAGUUAUUUAGUCACACCGACAAAUAACUGCACGUAUAAUUUCUUUAGUAAUUGUGGAACAUUUUCUAUAUCUACACAAAUACCAAGUAUUCGAGUUCGUGCAACAUAUUAUCUAGAUCUUCCACAAGAAAAACAAUUGGAAAUCAAUGAAGUAGAACUAAAGUGUACAAAAGAUUAUUGCAAUUCGAUUCAAACCGUGGAAUUGUUGAAAGGACAGAUUCAAACAACAAUUAUUUUGCAUCCAGACUUUCAACCAUCAAGGCUAAGCAGUACUACAACAACUACAGAAGUAUCUGUUUCAGUAUUAACAACUACAACAACUACAGAAGUAUCUGUUUCAGUAUCAACAACUACCACUUCAGGGUCAAUAUCGAAUAGAUUAUACCCAAUUAUCUACUUAAUCGUAUUUCUUAUCGUGAAACUUCUAUAA